AUGAAAACCGUUUGCGCUAUUUUAUUAAUUGUGUGCAUUUAUGUUGUUAUUGAAACAACAGCAAGAGUUUUAGACGAGAAUGACGUAAUUGAACUGACACAAGCACAUGGAAGUUUGUUGGAAAAUGCAGAAUACUCAAACUUGGCUUCAGGACAUGAAAGCUUAAUAAAGAGUAACAUAAAAUUUAACUGGAAGCCCGUUAAGAGCAACUCCAUUAAGAGUAAAAGCUCGCUAAAUCCCCACACACUCACAUUUCCGAACAAUUUUUGCCGGUUAAGAGCAAAAUCCUAA